AUGGACACCACCCCCCAAAGGGCUCUGCUGCUGCCGGCUACUCUCCUCUCCACACACUCCCCUCCAGGAGCCCAACACUCUCUGAGCGCGCUGGCACGGAGCUGCCCGCCGCCGCCGCCAUGGCGCAGGAGAACGCCGCCUUCUCGCCGGGGCCGGAGGAGCCGCCGCGCCGCCGCGGCCGCCAGCGCUACGUGGAAAAGGACGGCAGGUGCAACGUGCAGCAGGGCAACGUGCGCGAGACGUACCGCUACCUGACAGACCUGUUCACCACGCUCGUGGACCUGCAGUGGCGCCUCAGCCUGCUCUUCUUCGUGCUGGCCUACGCGCUCACCUGGCUCUUCUUCGGCGCCAUCUGGUGGCUGAUCGCCUACGGCCGCGGGGACCUGGAGCACCUGGAGGACACGGCGUGGACGCCGUGCGUCAACAACCUCAACGGCUUCGUGGCCGCCUUCCUCUUCUCCAUCGAGACGGAGACCACCAUCGGCUACGGGCACCGCGUGAUCACCGACCAGUGCCCCGAGGGCAUCGUGCUGCUGCUGCUGCAGGCCAUCCUGGGCUCCAUGGUGAAUGCCUUCAUGGUGGGCUGCAUGUUCGUCAAGAUCUCACAGCCCAACAAGCGCGCCGCCACGCUCGUCUUCUCCUCGCACGCCGUGGUGUCGCUGCGCGACGGGCGCCUCUGCCUCAUGUUCCGCGUGGGCGACCUGCGCUCCUCACACAUCGUCGAGGCCUCCAUCCGCGCCAAGCUCAUCCGCUCGCGCCAGACGCUGGAGGGCGAGUUCAUCCCGCUGCAUCAGACCGACCUCAGCGUGGGCUUCGACACGGGCGACGACCGCCUCUUCCUCGUCUCGCCGCUCGUCAUCAGCCACGAGAUCGAUGCCGCCAGCCCCUUCUGGGAGGCGUCGCGCCGGGCCCUGGAGAGGGACGACUUCGAGAUCGUCGUCAUCCUCGAGGGCAUGGUGGAAGCCACGGGAAUGACGUGUCAAGCUCGGAGCUCCUACCUGGUGGACGAGGUGCUGUGGGGCCACCGCUUCACAUCAGUGCUGACCCUGGAGGACGGCUACUACGAGGUGGACUAUGCCAGCUUCCAUGAGACCUUUGAGGUGCCCACACCCUCCUGCAGUGCCCGAGAGCUGGCAGAGGCUGCAGCCCGCCUGGAUGCCCAUCUCUACUGGUCUAUCCCCAGCCGGCUGGAUGAGAAGGUGGAGGAGGAAGGCUCGGGGGAAGGGGCAGGGGAGGCAGCUGAGGCUGACAAAGAGCAGAACGGCUGCCUGCCACCUCCAGAGAGUGAGUCCAAGGUGUGACCCGUUUGCUCCAGACCCCUGUGGCAGACCAGGAGCCAGACACAGGUAGAUGGGAGCUGGCUAGCAGAGGUGGAGGGGGCAGGCAAGCUCCCUGGGAGUAUGCAGAUGUGGCAGAGACCCCCCUCAAAAGCUGGAGGGUGGGAUCCAAUACAGAACACAGAGAUCCUCAUGUGAGAAUGGAGGGCAGAGAGGGUAGACGUACCAAUCUGUGUUUGACCUCCACGUCUGCUCACAGGUGGAUAGGUGGACAGAGAGAUGGACUUAUGGGGGAAUAGAAGGUGGUGGCAGAUA